AUGAUCAAAAAGAAAGCCAUUUUUAGUUUAUUGCUGCUAUUAGCAUGUUGCAAUUAUGUUAUUUCUUAUAGUCAAAUAUCAAGCGAAGGUCUGAAAUUGCUAACUAAUUUGACAGACACCGAACGUCUUAAGGUUACCGGGGAAUUUUUGAAACCACUUUUGACAACUCGAGUUUCUGGCACAGAAGAAAACGUUAAAGUGCAAGAAUUUAUUAUUUUAAACUUUAAAAACUUGGGAUGGCAUGUCGAAGAAGACAAGUUUACAGACCAAACACCAUUAGGAGAAAAAUCCUUCAACAAUAUCAUUGUGACAAAGGAUAUUAAUGCCAAAAGACGACUAGUCUUAGCAGCUCACUACGAUUCGAAAUAUUUUCCACCACCUAACAAUUUUGUUGGUGCUACCGAUUCUGCCGUUCCGUGUGCGAUAUUAAUAGAUCUGGCACAUCGGCUAAAUCCAUAUUUUGAUAAUAGAAAAGAUAAAGAAUCGGUUGAUCUCACACUUCAAAUUAUUUUUUUUGAUGGUGAAGAAGCGUUUGUAAGCUGGACAAGUACCGACUCACUUUACGGAUCUCGACAUUUGGCAGAAAAAUGGGAGAAUACAUAUAUGACGACAAGCAAUAAUCCUGAUAAUAAAGCUAGAACCGUCCUUGAUUCGAUCGAUGUAUUAGUUUUACUUGAUCUUCUAGGCGCGAAAGAACCGAAUUUUGUAAAUUUUUAUCCAACCACUUCAUGGAUGUUUUCUGAACUUGCAAAAAUUGAAGCUCGGCUAUACAAGGCAAAAAUAUUUAACACCACCAUUCCAGAAGACAAAUUAGUUUACUUUUAUUAUUUUGAUGCAGAUUCUAUAAAAUCAGCUCACGGUCACAUUGAAGAUGAUCAUAUACCAUUCUUAGAAAGAGGCGUUGAAAUUCUACAUAUUAUUACAUAUCCAUUUCCAAGAGUAUGGCAUACUGUCGAUGAUAACAUAAACGCCAUUGACAAUGAAGUAGUAUAUAAUUUGAACACUAUAUUCAGAAUUUUUGCUGCUGAAUAUUUAGGUAUUGACCCAUCUUUAUCCACGACUAGAAUUCAUGAUGAAUUGAUAUAG